AUGGUCAACAAUCAUGAUCAUGUUGGAGUCAAGGACAUUGAAAGAAGAAUUGUGGAGGCUGGACUGCAGACAACAAAUAACACUUUACGAGUGUGGCAAGAAGAUUUCCCAACAUGUCAGAUUCCUGAAGACCCUUUGAACGGUAGGUUUGACUGCUACAUGAACAUUAGAACAGAAAAAUGUUUUCUUGUUUGCACACCAGGGUUUGUUCCACGGUUAUUUCGAGGCACUUACUGCAAAGAACAAGGAAAAACUGGUGAAUGGAAUGUGAGCAUCUCUAGUAUGGAUUGCAUACCAACCACAACAAUAGUUGUAAUAGGAGGACACUUUAAGGACCAUCUCGAUCGUGUUUUUAAGCCCUAUCAGCCAGAGGAACUAAGAUUUAGAACCGGGACUCCUUUUUACAGACCAACAGCUCAAUAUUUCAGGGGAAAACUGCUAAUUAGUGGAGGUUUCUACACAAAGAAUAUGAUGCAUCAUUACAACAGUAGUUCUAAAGCAUUGAAUCCCUUUCUGAAUCUCAAAUCUUUUCAUGAGAUUGGUACAACGGUUGUUGUUCAUGACAAACUCUAUACUUUAGGCCCUUAUACAAAUUUGGCGGAGUAUUACCAGGAAAAUAAUGAAGGCCAAACAUUUGCAGGACCUAUACUUCAAUCCACUGGCUUCUAUCGGUGUGCAGUUAGAUAUUUGGACAGAUAUUUCCUUGUGAUAGAUGAAAUCUCAACUCGUCAGUAUGAUGUUCUCACAGGAGCCUAUAUUGAACUUCAGCACCUGCUUACGAGAAGGACCUAUUUCGGAUGCGGAACUUUCUUGAAUAAGACCACUGGGGAAGAAGUGGUUUUGGUGGCGGGAGGUGGGGGUCCACUUUAUGGAACUUCUGUACCAGACUGUGAGGUAUACACUCCAUCCCUGGGCACCUGGUCUAGUAUUUCACCUCUUAAUCAACCAAGAGUUGCUGGCCAUAUAGUCACAACAGCAAGUGGUGUUUUCAUUGUUGGAGGCUGGGAAUUGUCCACCAUGGAUAAACAAGUGGAAGAAUUAGAUACAACAACCCUGACUUGGAAAUGGGUGAUCCCUGCAGUAAAGGCUGGAAAUGAGGGUGCUGUAGUCGCAGUUCCAGACGGAGUGGUGUGACAAGGAUUGCUUUAAUUUUAAAUACCUUUUGACGACAUCAGAGAGAACAAUUUUGCUUUUAAUUAUAUAUAUAUAUAUGUAUAUAUAUAUAUAUUGCUUUGUUUGUUUGUAAGUAAUAGUAUGUAAGUAUCCAAUAAAAAUCACACUGCAAACCCGA